UAAAAUAAAAAAAAACAAUCAUUAAGGUGCAACAAAUUUGUGCUUGAUAAAUUAUGACUUCACAUUCCCUUCAGCAAAGGGAAAUCCCAGAGGAUGACAGAAAGUUGAGACACCUCAUAAAUCUUUUAAACGUUUUCAGGGAAUUUUCAUUAUCGUGGGCAGUUAGAGUGCUGUUAAUGGUGCUUCAGUACUACAAUAAUCCCAUAUUAUUCCAUAUUAAAGGAUAAAGCUUUAUCUCAGGCUGAAUCAAAACUUAUGGCAUCAGUCUCCAGCCUACCUCCCCAAGAUGAAUCCAGCAAACCAACAUCCCACAAAGAAGUUUUACAGGACCCCAAUCAAAAAGACAAGUAUAUAAAGAAACUUCAUAUGCAAGAGCGAGCAAUAGAGGAGGUCAAACUGGCCAUAAAGCCCUUCUACCAGAAGAGAGACAUCACAAAGGAAGAGUACAAGGAGAUUCUGAGGAAAGCCGUUCAGAAGGUGUGUCAUAGCAAGAGCGGUGAGAUUAACCCGGUGAAAGUAGCCAACCUGGUCAAAGCCUACGUGGAUAAGUACAAACAUGGAAAAAAACACAAGAAAGAGGAAACUGUGCAAAGCCAACACACAGACUCCCAAACUCCAAUGUGAGGCAGAGGGUAACAGCUACAUUUCAGAUGGUGUCUUAUAGCGAUCAACAGUAGAUUUCAUUGUUUUUUUUGUUUUUUUAAAUCUGUGCAUUUCUACAAUGCCAUGGGAAACUCUUAAGGGCUCGUCAUCUUGUCAUCAGUUGUCAAGUGAACCUUUUUGAAUGUUUGUAUGUUUUCUUCUGAAUGUAAAGAUCAUUUGAAAGUAUCUGGGAGUGUCCGGAUACAGAAUGGGUUGAAAAAUCUUUAAGUUUGCCAUUGUUCAAAGCAGCACCCUCUUCAAGAGUGUUGAAUACCAUGCUAUUUUAAGCUGAUGAUCCAACAGGAAGUGUAAGUUGUUAAACAGGCUCUUGUAUUGUCAGACUAAAAAAUGACAUGUUUGUGUAUAUGUAUGCAUCAUAUAUACACACAAACACAAUACUCUUGAACCUGCCGUUCCACCAAGAAUAAUUGACACUGGAGAGCACCGUACAUUUUUUUUUUUUGUGGUUAAUGAGAAUAUAAGCAUUAUGUUGAGGAGCAUUAGCAGGAUACAUGCAGAAGAUCCUCUGGGAUGUUCUGUGUCUCUCAGAAAACCGUCAAAGAGUAUUUAUUCGAAUAAAAAUAUCAUUUUGAUAUCCAGUCUUCAUGAGACUCUGGAAUCAGUUUGGUGGACUGAUUUCUUUAAAAGCUUUUUGUUUACUAAUAUAGCUAAAACAGGAAAACUUGCAGUAGACCUCACCCUCGUUGAAAUAGUUUUGUUGUAAAUAGAGAAAUAUUUUUGUUCGCAUGACACGUGAACGGCUGUAAUGUAUCUUUUCUGUUCAGUUGAAAAUACUAUUUUCAUUUUAAAACCUGUCAGCUGAGUUUGCCAAUUGUUUUUCCCGAUUGCCAUUGUUUUGAUUAUUUUUUCUGUUUGUAGAUUACAUUCAGCAUAUAAAAUAAUGAAUCUUUUCUUUCAAACAUUGAUAGCUGAAAGUGUAUUUCAGAAGGUUUUUUUUCACUUAUGUCAUUUUAAUUGCUUGAGGAAUGUUUGUAUGAUUUCUGAAUCGAUCAUGUAACUUGAGUUGCAUCUCAAGGUGAGGCGCACAGAACUGUGCCAGUUUUCCUGUGGCAAAUCGCAUCGAGUUGAUUUCAGACGUGAGAGUUGAUUCUGAUCUCUUAACCUGAUUGAACUUUAUCAUAUGAAUCCAAGCGGUCACAGAAUACAUGAUUCGUGAUGUGAACUGAAGCAUCCAUGUUGCGGUCUUUGUAAAUAAUUUUAUUAAAUACUUUAAAAAAAAAUCCUUCGG